UUGACGUCAUACUCACAUCCGGGUCAUUCCGCAGAGUCAGCUCUGCGCAGCCGCAGUACAACCAGUGGAACGACCUCUGCCUCCGAAGUCUCGGGCCGCUCAAAAUCACACUUCAAAAUGUUCACCUGCGCAAAGUUCGUCUCCACCCCCGCCCUGGUGCGUGCGGGCUCCAGGUCCCUGUACAGGCCGGUUUCUGCUGCUGUACUCUCCAGACCAGAGGUCAAACCUGAGGUCAGUGCUGCUGUCCUGCCUCAGUCGCCCUUCACUCAGGUGGCCCUCAGAAGCUUCCAGACCAGCGCCGCGAGCCGCGACAUUGACACCGCCGCUAAGUUCAUUGGAGCGGGAGCUGCCACCGUGGGAGUGGCUGGAUCCGGUGCUGGAAUCGGAACAGUGUUCGGUAGCCUUAUCAUCGGAUAUGCCAGGAACCCGUCUCUAAAGCAGCAGCUCUUCUCUUACGCCAUCCUGGGUUUUGCUCUGUCUGAAGCCAUGGGGCUCUUCUGUUUGAUGGUUGCUUUCCUGAUCCUGUUCGCCAUGUAAAAAUCUGCUAGUUAUGUAAACACAUUUAGUGCAGUUAUGAAUACAUAUUUUUGCUGUUGCUACCAAAAUGUCUGCUGUUGGUCUCUGCGGGAGAAAAAAAGUAUCAAGUCCACUCUGUUAAAAGAAAUCAUGUAACAAUUAAAUAUUGUUUAACUCUUUAACCCCCAAAUCAUGUUCGUGCCCAUUAAAUGAGAACGGCAACAGCUCCAUCGGUGCUACUGGAACAUCCACCUGAACUUCACCAUGGAAAUAAACAACCUGAUAGCACUUUGUGUACAUCAGAAUAGGGAAAGUGUGUGAGUGUGUGUCGGUCUGUGUGUGUGUGUGUGUAUAGACUGUAAGGGUCCACUCAGAUGUUUUCAGGGGUUAAACUGCUGGUUGAUAGUAUGACUGUAAAUUUAUAGCAGUUGGUUGAAAGCCAAUUAAAAACCUCAAUUGCAUUUGUAAAUUGCAUUAAAUAAAUUUAGAUCACAGUUUACCGUAA